CUUCACUCAGCAGCACUUGCUUGAGGCGUUGCGUGGCGAGGGAGGAACAAUUAGGAUUAACCAAAAUAAUAACUUAUUAGCACGGAACUAAAAACAUUCAAAUUUUCCCAAAUUGUCCAAAUGGAGACCAUUCACGAGAUCAUCCCGUUCGCCAAGGAGAUGUUGAGCCAGAAGCUCAGCCGGCGCAUGGUGAAGGUUUACUUGGCAGGAAGUGCGAUGGCGUUCCUCGGGGUGGCGCUGGGCCUGGUGGAGACGGUCUGCCAGCCCUUCUCGGCUGAGGAGCCCCUGGACGAGGAGCUGGCCAGGCUGGAGGAGCGCGAGCAGCGUCUGCUGGAGGCUGAGAGGCAGAGAGAGCGGACAGAGGGGACCCCGCUGCAGAGUGAGGUGACCCAGCCCAAGAAGAAGAUUCAGCAGGCAGCGAUCAGGCGGAGGAGCUCAGCCAACAGACUGCAUGCAUCCUAAACAUACCCCACCACCCCACCAAGCUGUUGGGCUGCUUUGUUUAGAUGUGUUUGGAAGUCGAAUUUGAAAGUCAACACGAAUGUUUGAAUGUGUGAUGCCGGGAUGGUAGAGGGAGGUAAACUACAGACUGUCUUUCAGCCCAAAGCAAGUACAUUACUUGCUGCUGUGCAGCAGAAGUCCUGGGAGGUUCAAGACUGGCCUUAACUGUAUGAAUACAUUUUUUUUUUAUACUGAAAGAGAAUGUGUACCAUGCAUUUGAAUUCUGUGUUUAUACAAUGUUUUUUUCAACUCAAUAAAAUUUCUAUAUUUAUUUA